AUGUCGUCAAAUCUGGAAGUUCGCUUCGCGAGCUGGAUUAUUUUGCUGGUGGCACUACUGUCAGUUCCUGGGGGAGUCUUCGCCAAGGAUGAUGCCAUUGUGCCCCGUCUUAUCACCCUUCAAACUAGUAGUCCUGCUCCAGCCCCGCCACAGGAAGUGAUCAUAGAGGAGGAUCACGAUCAUCAUCAUCAUCCGCCGCACUACCCGCCAAGCUAUUCGUAUCCAUAUCCGCAGCCGCAGCCGCAGCCCUGCCGUUGUCCGCCCGGUCCUCCAGGUCCUCCUGGUCCACCUGGACAGCCUGGACAGAAGGGCUAUCCCGGCCCCAAGGGAUCCAAGGGUGAUCCCGGCGAGAAGGGGCCGCGAGGAGAUAGGGGCCACCCAGGGAUGCCUGGAAUGCCUGGCCAGCCGGGUCCUCAGGGUCCUCCUGGUUAUCCAGGAGGUUCAUAUCCUUAUGGUGGAUAUCCUUAUCCUCCCCCCUCUCCUCCACCACAUGGACAUGGAGGCCCAAAAGGACACCACAGGCACUACGAUCGCUACUAUGAUGACGAGGACUAUGAUUACGGCAAUGAGCGUGCAUUUGGUCUAAUAAAACCCGAAGAAUUCGACGACCAGCCCUUCAUUUUGGCCUUCAGUGAACGCAGAAAUCCGUUUGGCCCAAAAAACAAUAAAAGACGAAAUUAA